UAAACCUUGAAAUGAUCGAUUCCCUAAUCUGUUUCUGAGAGAGAGCAAUAGAAGAAAAUGAGGAAAAAAAACAAGAUGGCCGAAACUAAAGCACAACGUCUCAGGUCAGUGAGAGCAGCGACAUUGGCCGAUGUAGAAGGAGCAGAUACUGCCUUUAUCAACAUCUUAUCUCGUCUGCCCGUAAAAUCCAUCUUGUCAUUUCGAACCGUAAGCAAGCACUGGUACGAUUCAAUCAGGAACAAGUUCUUCGCUAAACAGCAGCUCACGAUCUCAAGGGACAAGCCCUGUUUCAUCGCAUGUCCACGCGUGGGUACGAUGAUGAAACUGUAUUCCAUGGAGCCAGGGAGUUUCAGAAAACGUCACUUGAUCACGCUUGAUCCCGAUGACAGAAACGAUCAAGACAUCAUGUACAUGGUAUCUUCCUUCAACGGGCUAAUCUGCUGUAUUAAUGACAACGAUGUGUCGGGAAACGACGACUUCUAUGAUCUGCAGAUACGGAUAAUCAAUCCUUGUACCAGAGAAAUUUUCCUUCUUCCCCAAGGUACACCGUCUUUUCGUUUUGAGCCAGCUAUUGGAGUAGCUUAUGGCACUGGUAACAAUCUUGACUACAAAGUGUUUCGCUUCUUUUGCCCUGGAGAUAAAGAAAGGUUUUUUGAAUGUGAGGUUUAUCAUUCUGGAACUGGGGUUUGGAAAAACAUUGGAUCUGUGCCAUGUAUCCCUAUGUAUUCUCAUUUCAGCCCAUUUAGAUCUUCUCAUGUCUUUGUUGGAGGAAAGAUCUAUUGGCUGUCUUCUUUAGAUGAACCAGGGGAAAUACUCUCUGUCGAUUUUGAAGGGAUAUUCUCUGUUAUUCAGCUGCCUAUAUAUCAAGGUGAUCACAAGGAAGAAGAUGGAAUAACAGAAGGAAGUUACUUGAUAAACUAUCAGGGAGAUCUGUCAAUUGUUAUUCUACAUCCAGAGGACAUCGAUAUAUGGAUUUGGGAAAAGAACUGUGAAAACUAUAGUUGGGAACAUAAAUGUCGAGUUAAAUCUCCUUUCAGUGACGAUGAUUUGGUUUUAAGCAUAAGUUCAUUGAAAAACCAUAUUUCAUACGUGACUGAGAGAAAAUGGUGUUACUAUAAUAUGGAUACAAGAAGAUGGAAGAAAGGAAAGACUGAUUAUGCUCGAUUUAUGAAAACAUCUAUGUUUCCUUUUACCGAGAGCCUCCUUCCAUGCAACUGCAGUGGGGAGUUGUAGAAGGAAAAUCAUAAAAAUAUGUUUGUUCUUUUGGUGUGAUGGAAUGAUCGUGACUUGUGUGUUUCUGUCAGAAACUUUCUUGUUGUUUAAUAAAAUGCAUGUAAUGUUUCGAACCAAAAUGGAGCUUUGUAAAAUUUUGAUAGAUUUUGGACCAGUAAAG